GCCGCCGCCAUCGCGCCGCUCCUCCCCGGGGCGGAGCGCGGCCCCGGCGCGAUGGAGGCGCUGCGGCGGCCGGCGCUGCCCGAGGAUACGGUGCGAUACCGCCUGUUCGCGGCGGCGGCGACGGGCCCGGGCGGUGAGGCGCUGCUGCGGCGCUGCGCUGAGCUGGCCCUGGUGCGCUUCGCCCCGCUCCUGGCCGCCUACGUGUGGCAGCGGGAGCCGUUCCGCCUGCGCUACGUGCCGCGCCGCGGCGAGACCCCGGCGCACUUGGGCGGCACCACCGCGUUCGGGGAUAACGUGGAGGAUGAGUGGUUCAUUGUGUACCUGCUCCGGGAGAUCAGCAGGGAGUUCCCGGGGCUGGCAGCCAGGAUUGAUGACAACGAUGGAGAGUUUCUCUUGAUAGAAGCAGCUGAUUUUCUCCCAAAAUGGCUGAAUCCUGAGAACAGUGAAAACAGGGUGUUCUUUUACAAAGGAGAGCUGCACAUCAUUCCUCCGCGGGAGCCCUCGGAGCAGGGCUGGGCCCUCUCUGCUCCCUGUCCCACGGUGCCGCAGGCGCUGGCUCUGUUAUCCACCCGCUCCGAGGAGUUCCUGGCUGCAGAGCCCGUCAGAGCUGCGCUGGACAAACGCAUCCGUGGGUAUCCCGAGAAGAUCCAGGCCUCGCUGCACCGAGCCCGCUGCUUCCUCCCGGCCGGAAUCGCGGCCGUGCUGAGGCUGCGCCCGUCCCUGGUGGCUGCGGCAGUCCAGGCCUUCUACCUGCGGGAUCCCAGCGACUUGGGGGCCUGCCGGCGCCCUUUCAGAACCUUCCCUGCCGAGCAGCGAGUGAUGGCCCUGGUGACUUUCACUCGGUGUUUGUACGCACAGCUGGUGCAGCAGCAGUUUGUUCCAGACAGACGCAGUGGAUACACCCUGCCCGCCCCCUCUCAUCCUCAGUACCGAGCCUACGAGCUGGGCAUGAAGCUGGCUCAUGGCUUUGAAAUGUUGUGCUCCAAGAGCAGUAAAGUAGCUCCUGAUGCCAAGAGAAACGUGGUGAGCGGUCCUCUGUGGGAGAGAUUCCUCAGGAGCUUGAAGGAGAAGGAUUAUUUCAAGGGAGAAAUGGAAGGAUCAGCCAAGUACCUGGAACUGUUGCACAUGGCAGAAGAUCACUUCCAGCAAUCUGUUGCUGUGCCAGAAAGCUCUGAUGAAGUGAGCCCAGGUGAUGAAAUCCUGGCACUACUACAGACAACACCCAUUGAUCUGAAGGAAUUUGAGAGAGAAGCAGCUUGUCUUCCUGCAGAGGAUGAUGACAGCUGGCUGGAUAUUACACCAGAUGCUCUGGAUCAGAUGCUGAAGGAGACAAGAAAUGAGUCCCUUCCUUCCACAAACGAGGAAGAGCAAAACUAUGACUUGGAAACAGUUGCUGAGAGCAUGAAGGCUUUUGUGUCCAAAGUCUCCACGCACGAAGGAGCAGAAAUGCCAUGGUCAUCUGAUGAGUCCCAUGUUACCUUUGACGUGGAUUCUUUUACGAAAGCACUGGACAGAAUUUUAGGGGCAGACUCGGAGGAGCUGGAUUCUGAUGAUGUGGAUGAAGAGGAGGAGUUUGGUUUCUCAGAUGAGGAUGAUGAAGACCUGGAUGCUGGGAAUCAAAGGCAGGAGCAGAAGGUGUCUCCUGAGGAGCUCGUGGGCAGUCUCAAGGCGUACAUGAAGGAGAUGGACCGUGAGCUGGCACAGACCAACGUAGGGAAAAGUUUCACCAGCCACAAGAGAGGGGCAAGUUCUGUUGGAGUGGCCACAUCUGAGAGUGCUGGCCCUGAUUCUGGAGCUGAGGCUGCUGAGCUGGCGCCCGUGGAUGUGGACAUGAACCUGGUGGCAAACCUGCUCGAGUCCUACAGUGCCCAGGCUGGCCUGGCAGGACCCACCUCGAACAUUUUACAGAGCCUGGGGGUGAAUUUACCUGAGAACACAGAGCUCACUGGCAGCUGAGCAGCACAGGGGAGAGGCUUUGGGCAAGACAUGGCUGCUGGGGAGAUGAAGCACACACAGACAAGCAGGAGGUGGAAGAAGAGGCCAAAGGUUUUCAUUUUGAGCAUUCUGUUCAUUAUGUGUCACUGUAGCAGAGUGAAUUGACCUGCAAAAGCUUUCUGUUUGGGCACAGUCUUGGGUGGAAAUGAGAUUUUCCUAGGGCUGACACAAUUUCAGAAAAAUGAAAAAUGAUGUUGAAUGAAUGACUCAAAUGAGGUUUUCUUUUAUUCCAAAAUCUCUCUUCCAUUAUCCCAAUCAGUGAUCCAGUUUGCCACAUUUCUAAAAUGUCCUUUUACCCAUUGCUAAGUGGGUUCAAUAUCUGGGAAGCAGUUCUUGUUCUGAAAAUGCUGCUGCCUUCAGGGGCAGGUGGGGAAAUAGCACAUUGCAGGAAGAGUCUCAGGGAUUUGGGAAUGCUGGUGAAAUGUUGGGCAGACAUUUAAUCCUUCCCCAGAGCACGAUGCUGCAUCGUGAGAGCUUGUGACAAUUCUGUAAGAGCCUGUUUCUUAUUAAGCACAAGGAUUUGAAGAGUAAUUGGAGCAAAAAUGUAAAUAUUGGCCAGAAGUAUUUUUAAAAUUUAUUUCAAUAAAAAUAGAAAUACAA